GCCUUUGGACCGCUUCUCGGAGAAAGGAGCGGGGAGGGGAGGGGCGGAGCAAGAGGAGGGCUCUGUAGGCUCUUGAGAGCAGGGGCUGUUUCCUUUUCGUUAUUUCGUCUGGGCGUCCCCAGCGCCUAGGAGAGUACGUAACACAUAGUAGGUGCUUUUUAAAGCACUGUUCAUUAAUGCUUGUCCAUUGAUUGAUGAGGCGCCCUGCUUAAGAGGCGGUGCCUACUGCCGGGAGGGACAGACGGAUGAGCCAAUAGGAUCACGGAGGUCGACCCCUCCGUCCAUUCAGAGAGCGCCGUGUGGGCGGACCCUGGCGGCCUCACCUCCCCCUCUGACAACUCCCUGGAGGCGGGGGAGCAAGAAGGAACAGAAGAGUGGAGGCGCAAGAGGACCUGUGAUGGAGGAGAAUCCCGACCCAGGGGAGGAGCGCCAGCCUUGUUCUGUGUCCGUGGAUCUGCAGGGAGAUGACGCCUUGCAGGUGGAGAUCUCCGAUGCAGUCAGUGAGAGAGACAAGGUGAAAUUCACAGUUCACACCAAGAGCUGCCUCCCACACUUCAGCCAGACAGAGUUCUCCGUCGUUCGGCAACACGAGGAAUUCAUCUGGCUUCAUGAUGCAUACACAGACAAUGAGGACUACGCAGGCAUCAUUAUACCCCCAGCCCCCCCCAAGCCAGACUUCGAGGCUUCCCGGGAAAAGCUGCAGAGGCUGGGGGAAGGUGACAGCUCUGUCACCAGGGAAGAGUUUGCCAAAAUGAAGCAAGAACUCGAGGGGGAGUAUUUGGCCAUCUUCAAGAAGACAGUAGCCAUGCACGAAGUGUUUCUGCAGCGCCUGGCUGCCCAUCCCACCCUCAGGCGGGACCACAACCUCUAUGUUUUCUUGGAAUAUGGCCAAGAUCUGAGUGUUCGUGGGAAGAACAGGAAGGAGUUAUUUGGCGGCUUUAUCAGGAACAUUGUGAAGUCAGCAGAUGAGGCUCUCAUCACCGGUGUGUCUGGAUUGAAGGAGGUGGACGAAUUCUUUGAGCACGAGAGGACCUUCUUGGUAGAGUACCACACUCGCAUCAGGGAAGCCUGCCUGCGUGCGGACCGGGUCAUGCGCUCCCACAAGUGCCUGGCUGAGGAUUACAUCCCCAUCUCUGCAGCACUGAGCAGUCUGGGCACACAGGAAGUCCGCCAGCUAAAGAUGAGCUUUCUCAAAUUGGCUGAACUGUUUGAACGUCUAAGGAAGCUGGAGGGCCGAGUAGCCUCCGACGAGGACCUCAAACUGUCUGACAUGCUCCAUUACUACAUGAGGGAUGCACAGGCAGCCAAGGACCUGCUGUACCGGCGGCUAAGAGCAUUGGCGGAUUAUGAGAAUGCCAACAAGGCUCUGGACAAAGCCCGAAUGAGAAACCGGGAGGUGCGGUCAGCGGAGACCCACCAGCAGCUCUGCUGCCGGCGCUUUGAGCGCCUCUCCGACUCAGCCAAGCAGGAGCUCACUGACUUUAAGGCUCGCCGGGGAUCUGCUUUCCGAAAGAACCUCAUCGAAUUGGCUGAAUUGGAACUCAAACAUGCCAAGGCCAGUACACUCCUUCUAAGAAACACCCUCAUUGCCCUCAAGGGAGAGCCCUAGCUUCCUCUUCUCCCUCCCUGCCCCAGGGGAAGGAACCCCAGUACUCGGCAGAGGUGGGGUACCCUCUGAGUUGAGGCUUCCAGGCCAAGCAUGGGAGCCUCAGGGAAAAACUGCCUGAGACCUGCUGAGGUCAGGACCAUCAAAGCAGUGGUGUCUUUCCUUCACUAAUGGAAAUAAAGGUGCCUGCUUUCGA